GGAAGCGGCGCCGGGGCUGGCAGGGCCGCGCGCACGUGCCCGCCUGGUUCCUCCGCCCGGGGCUCCUGGCGCGCAGAGGCGGAAGGCGCCCUCCGCGGCUCGGCUGGAAGCGCGCGAGGACGCGGGAGGCAAAACGAUGGGCGACAGCAUGGACAUGUGGGUGGGCAGUGCCUACCUGUUUGUCCAGGCAACCUCCAAAAAAGUCUUUUUACCCACGCUCUACAGAAACCCGGAACAGAGGCCCUGCAUAUUCAAGGCGUUGAAGUUGGCAUUUGCAGAUUCCACAGGGGGCCUCAAUGGGUUGGAUAUCCUGAAGGUCCAUUGUAGCGACCCUCAUUUGAUCAUCCAACUCAAAUUCUGCAAGGAAGAGAACUGCAGAAGGUUCCUGCAAAGCUACCACCAAGGAGAUCUCCAGGAUGCUCUCCAGAGGCAUCUCAAAGUCUCCUUGUCCUUGGCCAGCUUAGAGCCCCUCAAGAUGAAGCUGAAGGCUGGUGCUGAGACGCUGGAUUCCAUGAUCCUGGAAGUAGAGCGUUGUCUGGAAUGCAUCUCUCGUGAGAAGCCGGAUCAUCUCAGAGAUGAAGAAAUAGCAGAGCUGGAGGAGUCCCUUAAGAUUCUGAAUUGUCAGGAAAGCACGUGUCCAUUGCUGAAGUCUCCUCUGUCUUUGGGUUCUUCCCCUCCCGCUCUGAAUUCUCCACCUCCGUCUUCCAGUCCUUCGGGGCUUUCAAAGCCUUUGCUGCAACAACCUACCUUCACUUUCCAGGGCCAGCAGUUUGCUGACAGAAGAAUCACCCCUGACGACCAUCAGAAGUUUGCCAAACUGGUAUCAAAGAAGUGGAAGCAGGUGGGCCGGUCCCUCUAUGUGCAGUCCAAAUGCAGGGCCCUUCGGGACCCUCUCAUUGACAACCUGGCCAUUGAAUACGAACGUGAAGGCCUUUAUGAACAAGCGUAUCAGCUGCUCCGCAGGUAUAUCGACUCAGAGGGCAAGAAGGCCACCAUUCAGAGGCUGAUCACUGCCUUGGAGGACAAUGGCCUCAUCAGCUUAGCCGAAGAACUUUUGGGUCUCCACCAAAGUGACGGUUUGUUGUGAAGGAGGAGAAAAGCAUCUUUUUGGAGAAUAUUAGCUUUAUGGUUGUAUCACUGAUCUUCCCACCCGUCUCUCAAGUGCACCUUAUUCAGUCCCUGUCAACUACGGUUUUUCCCUAUGGUUUUUUCCCCCAAGAAGAAUCAAAUCCAAGCUGGAAGAUCAAAUAUGGUUUCAGCAACAAAUUGCAAGGCUUCUCUGAAAGCACAGUUCACCUAAUUGGAUGUGAGAAGGGUGGCCUCGUCCGAUACGGACAGGCUCAGGAGACCUUGCAGUGCAUCUUCUCCCUCCCCACUCUCUUGGUCAAAAUGGCAGGUUUAACUCAGGAGUUCUCUUGGACUUCAAGAGGCCUUCUGAGUAACUGAGUAAGUCAUUAGUUAAAUAAAGAAUUGCCCAGAAAUAUUUUCACUUCUCAUUCUCUGCAGAAUCCAAUCAUGAUCUGCAGAUGUGUGUGACUGAACCAUCCUCAAAUCGGUCAACUCAGUCAAGGCUGGGAAAUGUAUGAUCUUGCAGAUACCAUGCAGUCCAGCAGAUAGUGAGAUGCUCCCUGCUCCUGACCUAAAUAGAUCAGUUAUAUUAUUGGCAGCGCUCAGAAAUGCUGUACCUUCCUCGAGGGGAGCCAUUUCAGACCCCAAACUGUGAGUUAUUGAUCAAUAUGAGCUUAGUCAGCUUGCUGUUGGAGGCCUUUAAAAGUUUCCAUUGAAAGCCAGCUGACGCUUCUAAGGCAGGGAAGACUUUGAUAGAGAUGAAUCGCUGAUUCAUAAACAGUUACAAUAACUGAAGUUGAAAAAUGCAGGUCUGAACCAUCCUUGGGUAGCAUUUACACAAACAGAUUACUGUAGACUGACAUUUUGCACCUCUGAGUUAGUCAGGAUGGUCAUUCUAAUCAGCUUCUGUGGCUAUUGAAGUUUGUCACCACAUUUCUUUCAAACAGGAUGAGCCUCAGGUAUUUUGUAUAGAACUGCCAUAUUUUUUUUAACAGAAACUGGAUAUUUUUGUCUCAAAACAAAGAAGCUUGGUCUGCAUGGAUAUGGAGUGACUCUACUUUUAAAGAGAUGAGCAGGUGAAUUCAGCACAUGUUCACUUUAAUCUUUAUAACUGCUGUCUUAAUCACUUGGUUCUCUUGGUCUUUUGAUUAGCACUAAAACAUCAUGGAAUAACAUUUAAAGUUUUAGCACUAUAAUGCUGUAAUGCUAAAUAAAAUACUAAACAGUAAUAAUUUGA